AUGUUCACCACAUCCUGGCCAUAUUCCAACGGUGGCGACGGGGACUCCCAACCGCUGUCCAACACUGCCAAUACUCCUACUCCAGCUGCAGCAGAAACGUUCGAAUGUGGGAUCUGCGCCAACGACGAGUGUAAAGGAAACCCUUAUAUUGCAGACGGCUCCCCCGUGUGUAAAGAGUGCGUGAUCGAGAACCUCGUGCCGCAGUUCCAGAAAGCGCUCGAGUUCGAAGAUUCAUACCCACCACCAUGGGGUAGUGCGAUCCUCGAUGUGACUGCGUUCGAGGAUGUGCUGGGUGAAGACUUCGUUGCGAGGUACAAGGCGCAAGAGGAAAAAUACAAGAUCCCGAUUGAUAAGAGACGAUACUGCAAGAACACCCUCGACGCCGGCGAGGAGUGCAACGCGAUCUUGUUGCCAGGCAAGCCAGAUCUCCCAUCAAACGGCCAGAACUUCUCGUGCUCCAAGUGCUUGAAGUCCAGCUGCCGUGACUGCGACCUUCCCAUCCAAGAAGGCCAUGUUUGUCUUCCAGUCGACGGCGUAGUAGGCCGUCAAAUCGAUGCGUACGACGGCCUGAAGCGUGGCAGAGACUACCAAGAAUGUCCCGGAUGCGGUCUGAAGUGUGAGCUAUCAGAAGCGUGCAACCAUAUGGUCUGCCCUCGACCACACUGUCGCACCAACUUCUGCUUCAUCUGUGGAGUCGAAGCAGGGCCCCAACCCGGCCACUGGACUGCUCGUGGUUGUCCACGCUGGGGUCAGCCCAGAGAAGAGGUCGUCGCCCAUGAGGCGAGACAGCCUGACGACGCACGCGCUCGCGAAGUAGUAGCACAGGUCCAAGGUGCUAUCGGUCGACAAUUGAUCCAGGAAGGCGGCUGGAUCUGGGGCUUUGACGAUGAUGCGUUCCCUUCAAUGGUUACACGACUCGUCUCCCCGAUUCCUGGCUGCGACACCGAUGUGCUGAUUUGCUCCUCACUCUUCGUCGAAACUUUGGUCAGGUAUUAUGGCGGCGUGAUGAUGCCCAUUACAAUCAUGGAUGAACGUGACCACAGAGCGUGGUAUCUCAUCGGCUAUACUGGAAGAUUUCCUGAAAGGGACGGCGAAGAUUUCACCGUCACCAAUGCCACCAUGGUGGGGGUGGCGCCCUAUGGUCGACAGGAGUGGGAGACGGAUCUGGUGUUCACAGUCGAAAGAUCCAUACGGCAAGCUCUGGCUUUGAGCCCAGAAGGGCUGAACACAAUUGUCGAAAUGAUUUAUCACAUGACCGGCCUUGACACAAUGACGUGGGAUGCUUAG